CGGUCAAGUAUAUAAGACUGAUCCAUCGUUGAUUUUAGACAUGUUGGAGCAAAGCGUGUCUUCAACCUGUGCACAAUUACAAAUUUUUUAUUAUUAUUUUUUUUAAAUAAAAAAUAAUUAAUUUAAAUAAAAAAAAUUAACGCGAGUUUGUUUAUAAUAUUUGUUUUUAUUAAUUAAUUUUAUUUAUUGUUUGAUAAACAAGUGAAUCAUGAGAUCAAUUAGGAAAUUAGCCAAUAAGGCUUUUGGUACUAUUCUUGCAGUUGCACUUGUGUUACCAGCAUGCAUUGCUGAAGCUCCACUUGGUAACUAUCUUCCUCCAUCAACAAAUUAUGGUACACCAAAUCUAGGAGGUGGUAGCUUUGGUGGUGGCGGUGGUGGUGGUGGUGGUUAUAGCAGUGGUGGUUCAAGUGGAGGAUACUCUGCUCCAUCAUCAGGAUAUGGUGCUCCAAGUACCGGUAGUUUUGGUAGCGGUGGUGGAGGUGGUGGUGCACCAUCUCAAUCUUACGGUACUCCAAGUUUUGGUGGUAGUAAUUCUGGUAGUUUUAGCAGUGGAUUCUCUGCUCCAUCACAAUCAUACGGUGCUCCAAGUAGUCCACCAUCACAAUCAUAUGGUGCUCCAGCUCAAAGACCACAACAAAGUUAUGGUGCUCCAGCUCCAAGACCACAACAAAAUUACGGUGCUCCAGCUCCAAGACCACAACAAAACUAUGGUGCCCCAGCUCCAAGACCACAACAAAAUUAUGGUGCUCCCGCUCCAAGACCACAACAAAACUAUGGUGCUCCAGCUCCAAGACCACAACAAAACUAUGGUGCUCCAGCUCCAAGACCACAACAAAAUUAUGGUGCUCCAGCUCCAAGACCACAACAAAGCUAUGGUGCUCCAUCUCAAAAACCAUCAUCAGGCUAUGGUGCUCCAGCAAUACCAUCAAGCAGCUAUGGUGCUCCAAGCACUGGUGGUUACUCUGGAUCAAAUGGUGGAAGUUCUGGUGGAUACAGUAAUGGACCAUCAUCUGGCUAUGGUGCACCAGCACCAACUGGUUCCGGAUACAGCAAUGGUGGUGGUUCAUCUUCAGGUGGAUAUAGCAAUGGUGGUUCAUCAGGUGGAUACAGCAGCGGUGGUGGUUCAUCAUCCGGUGGAUAUAGCAGCGGUGGAGGUUCAUCAUUAGGUGGAUAUAGCAGUGGUGGUUCAUCAGGUGGAUAUAGCAGCGGUGGUGGUUCAUCAUCAGGUGGAUACAGCAGCGGUGGUGGUUCAUCAUUAGGUGGAUACAGUGGAUCUUCAUCAAGUGGUUCCAGCAGUUUUGGAGGUUCAAGCAGCUUUGGUGGAUCAGCUCCAUCAAAUGAAUACGGUGCACCAUCAAACACUGGAAGUAGUGGACAAAGUUAUGCCAGCAACGGUGGUUAUUCAUACUAAUAACAUUUCAAUUAUCAAUCCUCACUGAGUAACCUUAUUUCAAUUGAUCUUGACUGUUUUUUUUUUUUUUUUUUUAAUUUUUCGCUUCAACUUGCCAUAUUCUUACAAGUGAAUUUUAUAUUGAAGAAAAUUUAUAAACAAAAAAAAAAAAAAAAUCCAAAACCAAGUUUCGAGAAAUAUCUGUAUUUUAUCAUUGAAACUUUAAUAAUAUUUCAAUUGAAGAAGGCAUCACUUGAAAAGGGAAAGAGACAAAA